AUGCCAAUAACUCGUGCUGUUGAACGUAAUUCAUUAUCAUUACCGAGUAGUCCACAAAAAUCUUAUAAUAUAUCAUCUCAUCUUUCAACACAAUACGAAGAUGCUGACUCAAUGGAGGAAAAAAGGCCUUCGAAAAGAACAUCAGAUUCACCUAGAAAAAAUAGUGGAUCAGUCCAAAAAAACGCAACUUCUGCGUCAACGGCUGCUCAACCAUCUCGGCGCCAAUUUAAUCAUGAUGCACUUCCGCCUACGAGAGGACGAUCCAAUACUGAUGUUCAAUCCACUAUGUCUGCAUCGAACAAUAUUAAACAGCAACAAGCAAAUAUCGGCGGAUCUGGUAGUGAUAAAACUGUGAACCAUAAUUAUCACUCUCAUCCUCCAACAGGAGUUCCAUCGAAACUUAAAUGUAUGUUACCAACAACAGCCUGUCAACCAGGUUAUGUUACACCAUCAAAAUUAUUUAAUAUGAUGGGUUAUGGAUUAGAAAAUCAAUAUUUAUUUAUGUUGGCUCAUUAUUUGUAUAUUAUUGAUUGCCGAUCGAGAGAAAAAUUUAAUGAGAGUCAUAUUAUCACAGCCAUACAUUGGGAAGAUGCAUUAAAUGGUACUGUUUAUAUAUCCAUUGUUGAACGAUUUAGUGAAAUAAUUUUAUAUGACGACAAAGGAAUUUUUUUCAAUACAACAACAGAAAUGCGUCGUGUUUAUAAUCGUUUUGCGACGCCGGGUACGAAAGCAUGUUUAACAUUAAGUGGAGGGUUUGAAGCAUUUCGGACAUUUUUUCCCUUCAUUUGUACACAAACGGAUGUGCGUUCAACUGUAGAUCGAGAAAAAUUCCUUACUAUUUAUCCAUCCGUUGUUAUUGAUAAUCAACUUUAUCUUGGUACUGGCCAUCAGGCAACUAAUUGGAAAGUUAUACGUGAUCUUAAAUUAACUCACAUUAUAAAUAUAUCUGUUGAACAUCAAUGUGUAUUUCCUGACAAAAUAAAAUAUCUACAUUUACAAUUGGAAGACAUGGAAGAUGUUUUGCUUAAAGAUCGUUUUGAUGAAACAAUUCGUUUCAUGGAUUCAGCAUUUCAAAAUCCAUCAAAUCGUAUACUUGUUCAUUGCAAUUUAGGUAUAUCAAGAUCAACAACAUUGAUUCUUUCGUAUUUAAUGAAAACAUAUAAUGCUACAUUACUCGAGGCUUUUAAAUAUUUAAGACAUCGACGUCCGAUUGUUUGUCCUAAUGUUGGUUUUCUUCGGCAAUUAAUUGAUUAUGAAUUCGAACUUUUUUCUCAUGCAUAUUCAGACCCAAACGAUCCAAUAUUUCAUUAA